GUGUCAGAAAAAACUGUCAAAAUCUGGUUUUUUUGCAAAAUUUUUAAUAAUGGGCCUUAUUCAGCGACCAAGAAACCCUUGAAAUCUUUGAAUUUUGUACAAACAAAGGAAGAAAAAUGGGAUCUCUGGACAAUCCUCUUGUGCACUGCCAAACAAUCCGGGAUCUGGUGAAGAGGAUAAAUCACAUAAAUAGCGAAUUAAUUGACCACGAAAAUACUUUACCAAAAUGCGAAGUUUGCUGGCAGAAUCACACUGAUUUGAAUGCCCUGAAGGCCCAAUUGGUUAUAAUUGUCCAGGAGUGGAACCCACAUCAGGAACAGCAUCAUCCCACAUUGCAGCUUAGCCAGACAGAUGAUCAAAUUGACCCCCUUUCUGUGGUUGUUGUGAAAGAAGAGCAGAAAGUUGAAAAUGAUGAGAGCAAGAGUGAUGAUGAUUGGAAUCCCUGGGAUGGAAGCAUUCCAGAACCGAGAGAAGAAUCCUCCAGGAUGAAGAGAGAAAGAAUUCCAUGUCCAAAAUGUUCCAAAAUGUACUGCCAGGGAAAAAGGUUGGAUGAUCACAUUGCUCAAUGUUCAGGAAAUGAAGCAACUUCAGAGGACAAGCCCAGUGUACAGGAUGAGGUAAAGAAGAAAUCUUUCAGCUGUGCCUUCUGUGGUAACGAGUUCCUAAGGAAGCAUCAAAUAAUCGCCCAUAUGCGGAGUCAUGUGAAACUCCUCCAUCGAAAAGCUUCCAAACCAGCCAAGGAAGACAGCUCAUUUGAGAAGACUUCCGAGAGAACGUGCAAGAUCUGCAACAAAACAUGCUACACAUCCCGAGGACUAAUGCGACAUGUUAAAUUUCAUGAAAAGAAGAAAGCCAAUGGUGAUAAACAGGAGCAAUCAGCAAGAGCCCAAUUCCCCUGUGACGGAUGCAAGAGGAACUUCCGCAACGAGGGCGCCCUACGGAGGCAUGUGGAGUUCCGGGAGAGUGCCAACAUCACAUGCGACAUGUGUACUGAACACUUCUGCACGCCCACGGACUUCCAGACGCACCAGCGAAUGGUCCACAAGAUCAAUACUGCCUUCAAAUGUCGCUACUGCGAUGAACAAUUCAGCAAUUUCCGCACCAUUGCAAAGCAUCAUCAUGCCACACAUCCCACGGAAAUGGCCCCCGAGAGCCCCUUUAUGUGCGAAAUGUGUGGCACAGUGAUGAUGGAUUUGCGUGAUCUCAGUCAUCACGUGAAGAUUAUGCACGAAUCCAAGCGCUUCAAAUGUGAAGUCUGCCGGAAGACUUUUCGCUUCCAGAAGGAACUCGAUGAGCACGGGAGGAUUCACAUUCCGCUGUCACAGCUGCAGGAUCUCUACGAAUGCGAUGUUUGCCCCAAGAAGUUCCGCAUAAAGACAUCCCUUGAGCGUCACAAACGUCUUCACACCGGAGCAACGCCUGAGCUGUUCUGCCCUGUGUGUCAGAGACGCUUCAUUAGCGCUAAAGUCCUGGAACAACACAUCCCCAAGCAUGCCAAUGAAGCUCCACGACCGUACAAAUGCGAUGCAUGCGACAAGGCAUUCAAGACACUCAAAGAGAUGAAUCGACAUCGGAAGGAUAAGCACAACAUUUUCACCCACGCAAUGUUGAAUCCGAAGAAUAGGAAGAAAAAUUGAUUAAUUUUAUGUAAUUAUUGGUUCAUGAGAUGCAAUUACUUAUUCAAAAUAAAUUCUUAAAACGCUUAAAGCGAAUAAAAA